AUGCGUCUCAACGUGUCGUCGAUGCGCCUCCAGGACCAGACUGCCUCGGGCAACCUCUACCUCCAGCUAAGGCUGGAGGUAGAAUAUGGCGAUGCAGUCCUGGACGAGGACGAGUUUCACGAAACCAACAACCUCAUCAUGGACAAGAAAAUACCCUUCUUGACGCUGGAUCUGAAGGAUUCCAUUGCCAAAGACGCGUUUUUUGUUACUUUAACGGCGAAGAAACUCCACCAGGCCUGGGAAAAACACGCAGUGGACUUCGGCCUGAAGUCACCAACGCUCACGAAACUCAUCGUGAAGAUGGUCGCCGUGUACUUCAAGCUCCUGUAA